GCUAUCUUGGAAUCCGGGGUAUUAUCUCGAUCCUGAAAGGCCUCGGAAUAGUUCAAACCAUACCUACUCAUUUGAAGAGUUCAAGUUAAUUAACAAACAGCUCGAAACACGCACUUUAGAAUCAACGGGCAACCUGUCAAUUUAUUUGACCUUGACAAAAUCGGAAAGCUUAUUCCAAUGCCACAGGCCACUCACUGCAUGGAGUGUUGAGGGUCGAAAAUCGAUCAGAGCUCCUGAUGUCUCCUUCACACCUGACGCGGUAUCAAGCCAAUUGACUGAAUUGCAACGUUGGACUUUUCAGGGUGGACCAUUCACUCCUACAUUCAUUGUCGAGGUUAGAGAUACUGAAAUUGGAACAUUUGUACAACUCGGUUGGUUGAUUGAUCCCAAAAAUAGAAAAAUUUGGGUAUACAAGCGGAAUCAACAUGGUAAUGUCUUUUGUCGUGAGCACGCAUGGAAAGAUUUAAAGGGUGAUAAUAUUUUGCCAGAGUUCACAUUGAAGGCACCAUUAGAAUCAUCAUCAGAGAAUUUGCAAAUUGAUUGCCCUGAGUGUGAUACAACUUACUCUUUAUUAGAACAUUACGUAGAUGAGCAUGCUCGUAUAUGA